AUGAAGCUUCUCAAUUUUCUUCUCGGCGCUGCUGCCGUCGGGUCAGCGCUGGCGGCUCCGGCCCCGGCGCCAGUCUGUGAUGCCCCGACCAAGCGGGCAACCAAGUUCCAGUUCGUUGGCGUCAACCAAUCCGGUGCUGAGUUCGGAAAAGAUACUCUGCCUGGCCAGCUUGGAAAACACUACACCUGGCCGGUGAGGUCGAGUAUCGACGCCUUGAUGGGCAAGGGAUUCAACACUUUCCGCAUUGCUUUCAUGAUGGAACGCAUUGUUCCCAACAAGCUUGAUGGCCCACUUGAUGCCACUUAUGCCAGCGGCCUGACUGAUCUCCAGAUCGUCAACUAUGUCACCAGCAAAGGCGCCUAUGCCAUCAUUGACCCCCACAACUUUGGCCGCUACUACAACAACGUCAUAACCGAUGUAGCUGGCUUCGCGGCCUGGUGGACCACCAUUGCCAAGCUCUUCGUCAACAACGACAAGGUCAUCUUUGACACCAACAACGAGUAUCACGACAUGGCUGAUGAUCUAGUCCGCCGCCUCAACCAAGCUGCUAUCGACGCCAUCCGUGCCACGGGAGCGACGGCUCAGUACAUCAUGGUCGAAGGAAACUCUUGGACUGGCGCUUGGACCUGGGUAUCCUCGGGCAACGGAGCCAACCUCCUCUCCCUCCGCGAUCCAGCCGACUCGACGGGCGAGAAGAUUAUUUACCAAAUGCACCAGUACCUCGACAGCGACGGCUCCGGCACCUCGGAAACCUGCGUUUCCCGCACCAUCGGCGCUGAACGUGUCCGUGCUGCUACCGAGUGGCUGAAGCAGAAUAAGAAGAAGGGCUUCCUCGGAGAGACAGCCGGCGGGGCCAACACCAACUGCAUUGCUGCCCUGACAGGAAUGCUGAGUUACCUGCAGCAGAACAACGAUGUCUGGACUGGCUGGGCUUGGUGGGGAGGCGGCCCAUGGUGGGGAAACUACAUGUUUGCAAUGGAGCCGCCGUCCAGUGUGGCGUAUGAUCGGGUUUUGCCUAGUCUGCAGCCGUAUAUCUAG